AUGGCACGUUCUACGGAGCUGCAAGGUGCAUUAGAAAGGUUCUGGCUAAUCGAGGAGUUUGAUUCGCACGAUCAGGGUUUUACCGCAGAAGAGCAGGAAUGCGAACGGCAUUUUGUGGCAAACACAAGGUUUCUCACAUCUGGACGGGUCCAAGUUUGCUUGCCAUUUAAGGAGAAUCCUCACAUGCUAGGUAAAUCGUUUGAAAUUGCCAAAUCCCGGUUUCUGCAAACUGAACGUAGGUUGAGCCGCAACCCGUUGUUGAAGGAGAUGUACGUACAAUUCAUGAGGGAGUACAUAGAUUUGAAUCAUAUGCAAUUGGCAUCUAAUUUCGAAUCUCAGAAGACACAUUAUGUAAUCCCGCAUCAUGGAGUCCUUAGAUCUGAAAGCACAACUACCAAGCUGCGUGUUGUGUUUGAUGCAUCGUGCAAAGCAACGUCGAAUCUUUCUCUGAAUGAGUUGUUGAUGAUUGGCCCAAGCAUCCAGCAGAAUCUUAUCCUAACACUUCUUGCCUUUCGCUUACAUCGUCAUGCACUCGUAGCUGAUAUCUGCAAGAUGUAUCGCCAGUUUGAAGUAUCACCAGAUGAUCGUAUAUAUCAACUUGUUCUCUGGAGAGAAUCCUCAGCUGCGCCUUUAGAAUUGUUUCAGCUCAACACUGUCACGUACGGCAUGUCCUGUGCACCAUUUCUAGCAAUCAGGAGCUUGAAAUAUAUUGCGGAUAACUUCUCCAAUCAGUUUCCCAUCGGAGCAUCUGUACUGAAAGAAGAUAUGUACGUCGAUGACCUCCUUACUGGAGCAGACAGUGUCGAAGAACUUCAUCUUAAGGCUGCAGAGGUCACCAGCAUACUUUCUAAGGCUGGAUUAGAGCUUGCAAAGUGGAACACAAGCAAAAUAGAAGGCGAUGGAGCAGAGUUCCAAUUCAAAGUUGAUACCAAAGAUGUGACGAAGACGUUGGGCAUGUCAUGGCAACCAAAACUCGAUGUGUUCUGUUUCAGGUGUACCCUACCUACAAUAUCUGUCAUCACCAAGCGGAGCAUCGUUUCACUUGUAGCUCACCUGUACGAUUUGCUAGGGCUCGUAUCACCAGUCGUUAUUCGAUGCAAAAUAUUGGUCCAAGAGUUGUGGAUGCAUCGUCUAAACUGGGACGAUCCACUUCCUCCUGAGCUUCAAUCUCAGUGGAAGAAGAAGAUUUGCACAAUCUUCAAACCAUCGAAGUCCCAAGAUUCAUUAACUCGUCACCAAGAAGUCUAUCGGAAAUACACGGAUUUUCAGAUGCAUCGCAGCGAGCUUAUGGAUGUUGCCUAUAUCUACGAACAUACAUAG